AUGGACUACUUGGGUGCGCAGUAUGGUCCCGUACAGUGGCAUGUGCGCUACACUCCGGCAGAGGAGCUUGUCUAUACGAUCCUGUCACAGCACACGUCCGACCUGAACUCCGAACGCGCCUUCAAGAGCCUGAUAGCCACCUUUGAAACGCUGGACGCGGUUGCGGACGCCUCUGUUGACUCGAUUGAGGAAGCGAUACGCCGUGGAGGUCUUGCGAAACAGAAGGCACCUCGCAUCAAGAAUGUGCUGUGCCAGAUCCGAGAUGAGAUUGGCUCUUUUGAUUUAUCCUUCCUCGCCGAAAUGCCGCUCGAUGAGGCGAAGGCCUGGCUAAAGCGUCUGAACGGUAUAGGUCCCAAAACCGCGGCAAUCAUACUUUGCUUCUCUCUUGGAAUGCCGGCUAUGCCCGUGGACACGCAUAUCUUCCGGGUUUCCAAGCGUCUUGGAUUGAUCGGACCAAAGGUGAACGCUGACAAAGCCCACGACAUAUUGGAGCCGCUGGUUGCUCCCGAAGAUGUUUUCGCCUUCCACAUGUAUCUUAUUCAGCACGGACGGCAGUUGCAGGAGGCAGAUGCGUUGAAAGUAAAAGUUGGCAUCAUCAACGUAACAGGAUAUGCGGGCGUGGAGCUUGCUCGUAUUCUCGCCCGACAUCCCAAUGCAGAGAUAACCUCCGUCACAGGCCGAAGCGCCGCUGGGCAGAAGCUCGCCGAUGUGUUCCCGCAUCUCUCAGAGAUUGACCUGACCAUUACUGAAGACAUUACCGAAUCCGUGGAUUUGGUGUUUUCCGCGCUACCGCACGCUGCGAGUGCCGAGCGAAUCGGUCACGCGCUCUCCGACGGCGUGAAGGCUAUAGACAUCAGUGCCGACUUUCGUCUUAAUGACCUCAGUGUGUACGAAGACUGGUACAGUGUGCAACAUCCCUGCCCAGAAUACAUGGAAGGUUCGGUCUAUGGCUUGACCGAACUGCACCGCGACGAAGUGUCGGGCGCCGACCUCGUUGCGAAUCCUGGAUGCUACCCGACUGCUUCGAUAAUGGCGCUGGCGCCUGCUGUGGCAGCGGGUAUCAUAGAGAGCGAUAUCAUUAUCGACGCCAAGUCUGGUGUAUCUGGGAGCGGGACGCGGCUUGUCGCUGAAGACACACUACUCUGA